UAUUAUUUUUCUACAAUUUUUUUUUUCAAAACUUCGACGCCUGACUCGGAAGAAGCCCAAGAUGGAAGCUCUCGGCCGGGCGGCCAAUGGGGUGAGCCCCUGGCGGGCACGUGACCUCCCCGGAUGGUCCUGUCCGUCAAGCCUUUCUUCCCGCCUCCUCGACAGCCCGCGGGCCAAUCAGGGGCCGGGACGGGCGGCGGCCUCUUAAAGGGCCAGCUGCCGUUACGUAAAGGGGGAAGUUGGCUGUCACGUGGCACCUGACCAAGGGGCCCCCUUUUUUUUUCCGAGGGGGGAGGAGGAGCGUCUCCGAAGAAGGGGGGCCCGCCCGCGCCCCCCCGCCGCCGCUCCCUGCCACCGUCUCCAGGAUAUGCCCCCCUUGUGUCCUAAAGCUGCAGGGACGGAGGAGGAAGACAUGCCCCCCAGGAAGAAGAAGAAGGCUGGGGGACCCUGGGGGAGGGCAAUGCCACCUUGGUGGGCCUGGCAGUUGAGUCUGCGCCUCCGGGGAAGCGGAUCCGCAAGCCGUCGCUGCUCUACGAGGGUUUUGAGGGCCCACCGAAUAUGGCUGCUUCGGCACCGUCCCUCCCACUCAGCCCGGCCAUCCCGACCCCCCCAGAGGUGGCCAACCCCAAGAAGCCUGGCCGGGUCACCAACCAGUUGCAGUACCUCCACAAGGUGGUCAUGAAGGCUCUGUGGAAGCACCAGUUCGCUUGGCCCUUCCGCCAGCCCGUGGACGCCAUCAAGCUGGGCCUGCCGGUGGCCGUGGGGGCAGCUGGCUGUCCAUCCAACUCAUGGCCCCCUUCCCUUCUCCCCCAGGAUUACCACAAGAUCAUCAAGCAGCCGAUGGACAUGGGCACCAUCAAGCGGCGCCUGGAGAACAACUACUACUGGAGCUCAGCUGAGUGCAUGCAGGACUUCAACACCAUGUUCACCAAUUGUUACAUCUACAACAAGCCCACAGAUGACAUUGUGCUGAUGGCCCAAACCUUGGAGAAGAUCUUCCUGCAGAAGGUGGCUCAGAUGCCUCAGGAGGAGCAGGAAGUGGUGGUGACUGUGGCCAAGAACAGCCACAAGAAGGGGGCCUCCCGGGCGGCAGCGCUCCUAGCAGCCACCAACGCCCAGCAAGUCCCGGCCGUCUCUUCGGUGUCCCAGACGCAGCUCCUCCCGGCCACCCCUGUUGCCAGCGCCGCAGACAUCCCCACCACAGUCAUCAACAUCCCACACCCGUCGGUCAUCUCCGCACUGAAACCCCUCCACACUGCUGCUGCUUCCUCCCAGCCCCUGCUGUCCGUCCCUGCCCCCACGCAGCCCCUGGCCAAAAAGAAGGGCGUGAAGCGGAAAGCGGACACCACCACCCCGACCCCGACGGCCAUCAUUGCCACCAGCGGCGGAGGAGGGGGCAUCAGCGGAGGAGGAGGAGGGGGCGUUGGUGUUGGCAUUGGCGUUGGAGAGUCCUCCCCACUGGGUGCGGGGGCCCCUUCCCCACUGGCGGAGGGGGGCAAGGCGGCCAAGAUCCCAGCGCGGCGGGAGAGCGGGCGCCCCAUCAAGCCCCCCCGCAAGGACCUGCCGGACUCCCAGCAGCACCAGACCUCCAAGCGGGGCAAGCUCUCGGAGCAGCUCAAGUACUGCAACGGCAUCCUCAAGGAGCUGGUCUCCAAGAAGCACGCCGCCUACGCCUGGCCUUUCUACAAGCCGGUGGACGCCUCCGCCCUGGGCCUCCACGACUACCAUGAGAUCAUCAAGCACCCCAUGGACCUCAGCACCAUCAAGCGCAAGAUGGAGAACCGGGAUUACCGCGACGCACAGGAGUUUGCCUCUGACGUCAGGCUGAUGUUCUCCAACUGCUACAAGUACAACCCGCCAGACCAUGACGUGGUGGCCAUGGCUCGCAAGCUGCAGGACGUCUUUGAGUUCAGCUAUGCCAAGAUGCCCGACGAGCCUAUCGAGCGCAGCCCUCCCUCGGGGUCCCUCCCACAGCCGGGGCUCCUGAUGAAGUCCUCCUCGGAUGACUCCUCCAGUGAGGAGGAGGAUGAGGAUGGGGAAGAUGAAGACGAGGAGGAGGAUGACGACGACGACGACGAUGAAAGCAGCAGCGAGACCUCCUCCGACAGCGACGAGAGUUCAGACUCGGAGGAGGAGCGGGCCAACCGCCUGGCAGAGCUCCAGGAGCAGCUGCGGGCGGUGCACGAGCAGCUGGCGGCGCUCUCCCAGGGCCCGGUCUCGAAGCCCAAGAAGCGGCGGGACAAGAGGGACCGCAAGAAGAAGAAGAAGUCCUCCUCCUCUUUGGAGAAGCAGCGCAAGGGCAAAGCCGGGGAGGGGGAGCCCCGGUCCCUCCCGCCCAAGAAGUCCAAGAAGGCCUCUGGAGGAGGGGGAGGCGGCGGCGGCAGCAAGAACACCAAGAAGGCGGGGGGCUCCAAGGGCACCCUGGCCCCGGCCCCAGUCCCUCCGCCCCCGCCCCCGAUGAUGAUGCCCCUCUACGACUCGGAGGAGGAGGAGGAGAGCCGGCCCAUGAGCUACGACGAGAAGCGCCAGCUGAGCCUGGACAUCAACAAGCUGCCGGGGGAGAAGCUGGGGCGCGUGGUGCACAUCAUCCAGUCCCGGGAGCCCUCCCUGCGCGACUCCAACCCCGAGGAGAUCGAGAUCGACUUUGAGACCCUCAAGCCCUCCACCCUGCGGGAGCUGGAGCGCUACGUCCUCUCCUGCCUGCGCAAGAAGCCCCGCAAGCCCUACAGCAGCGAGGCCCUGAAGAAGCCGGUGGGCAAGACGAAGGAGGAGCUGGCCCUGGAGAAGAAGCGGGAGCUGGAGAAGCGCCUCCAGGACGUCAGCGGGCAGCUCAACUCCGCCAAGAAGCCCCCUAAGAAGGUGAGUGAGAAGCCCGAGUCGGCCCACCCGGUGCCGGUCUCCCGCCUGAGUGCCAGCAGCUCCAGCUCGGACUCCAGCAGCUCCAGCUCCUCCUCCUCCUCUUCCUCCUCCUCGGACACAAGCGACUCAGACUCCAGCUAGGCCCGUAGGGGUGGAUGGACAGAAGGAUGGAUGGACGGACAGUCGGAUGGCCAGAGAGAGCCGCAUGGCUGGCAAAUGGGCAGCAUGUUUGGGCGUGAGCGCCUCCCUCCUCCACCUGCGGGACCCGAAGUGGAAGCAGAGCAGAGAGGGGUGGACGGCGGGGCAGCUGCGGAGGGAGGGAGGGGCCCCCUUGGACCCUCCCCCUUGGACCCUGGGCUCGCUCCCCACUGGUCGGCCUCGCUUGGGGGGAGGACUCUCACACUGUACAGUUGGCUCCAGUGUUGGAGAGGGAGGGGGGAGGGAGAGGCUGUGUUUUACUGUUUCGUUUGGUUCUCAAAAAGAAAAAAAAAAGAAAAAAAUUGUGGUUUUUAUAAGA